GGAAUGCGGAGGCAUUAUGGUUCUGCCCCAAAUCCAGUCUAGUUAUAGCAGGCGAAGCGCCUCGUCGCCUCGCCUUCCGACGGGCUCUCCGGCGUCGCCAAAAGCUAUAAAAUAGCAGCGAGUCCUUUUUCUCCGGCUCUUUCAAUAAUCUGCAUGCAGGCGCUUGUCGGCCAUCCCAAGCACCUUUUUGGUCCUACACUCCUUCCACAAUAGCGGUAGAUCUCUACCCUCGCACCGCCGAUCUGUUGUAUCCCAGCAUUCCUCCUCCAUUCAUUUACUUCUUCUUCCCCAGAUCUAGAUUAACCUCUCGAUCUAGAUAGAGGUUGUAACGACAAUGGAAGACGAUCCGGAUGAAGCCACGACAACGCCGAAUGGGGCUUCGCCUGGUGCGGAGAGCCGCGUGAUGCUCACGUUCACGAGCUCGUCCAGUUCCCUCUAUGAAGAAGAUUUAUUUGAGCCAGUUUCCCUCCGCGAUAUCGACAGCCCCGUCCCAGAUCUUGGCCCGGCCGAAGGCUCCAUGCGUUCGUCCAUUGAUUCCUCGGGAGAGCUCGACGCCUUCGGCACUCUCUCUAACGAAAUGCACGCCGAUCAGUACUUCUGCAGUCAUACAAUCAAUCCCUCCUCCUCUACCGCCAGCUUCGACUCUUUGGCUGGAUCGCCGCCUGAGCCGCGAGGGAGGCAACUCACGAUGCCGGACAUACCGCCGGAGCUCGUACAUCUUGUGGAUUCUGUCAUCAUGGGGAGGUUAGAUUGCAUGGAGAAGCUGAAAGCAAUGGCUUCUGGUGCAGAUUCAUUGGAGGUUUCCAGGUUUGUGGUGGAUGCGCUGCUAGUCACCAUGGACGGAGUGGAAGGCCUGGAUGAAAUGGUUGGUACUGGGUUUGAAGAAUCGACGCCCAGCGUGAUGCUCACUUCAAGAGCUGCAGCUGUGGCGGCGGAACUCAUCCCUUGGCUACAUUGUGAAGGUGAUUCAGAGUUUUAUAUGUCGCCGAGGACGAAAAUGGUGAAGGGUUUGUUUUUGAUUCUGAAAUCGUGCACCAGAAACCGUGUGAUGUGCUCGUCCAUCGGGCUGCUUAGAUUCCUUUUGGAUGCAGCGGAGAAUGUCCUUUUGGAUACGACAGACCGUAUUCGUUGGAAUGCCUGGCCUCUGUUUUACUGCAUCCAGGUUCUCGGUGGUCACUCUUUGAGCGUUAUGGAUCUCCAGCGUUGGCUUAAUUUGAUUAAAAAAAUUAUCGCCACCGAGUGGGCAAUGCCGUUGAUGCUGUCUUUAGAGAAUGCCAUGAGGAGUGAAGAGGCGAGGGGUCCGGCGAUUACAUUUGAGUUUGAUGGCCGGAGCUCUGGGUUGCUUGCUCCUGGUGAGAAUCGCUGGCCUUUCUCCAAUGGUUAUGCUUUCGUAUCUUGGGUUUACUUGGAGUUGUUAGACGAGGUGUGUGUUGAACCUUCCACCAGCACCACUGCAGCUCCAGCAGCCGCCGAUUUGGGCAAAUCAUCGUCUGUUGCAGUAGCCGGGGUGUUAGCUCCUAGCGAGAUUACCGGCCAAGUUUCUAUCCAAACUCCUUGGAUCUUUAGUUUUGUAUCAGCAGAUAACCAGUGGGUGGAGGCAUAUUUCUAUGGACAAUUCUUGGUCAUGGAAAUCAGCGCUGGCAAGGGAAAGAAGACUUUUAUUCGUUUCAGUUAUGAAUUCAAGCCGCAGUGCUGGUACUUUAUUGGCCUUGAGCACAGCUGUAAACAUAGUUUGCUUAGCAAAGCUGAGAGUGAGGUGAGAUUGUAUGUUGAUGGGAAAUUGCAAGAGACUCGACCUUUUGAACUUCUAAGGACAUCAAAGCCGCUUUCUUUCUGCAGCAUUGGAACAAAUCCUCCCCCCACACUACCUGGCCUGCAGCGACAUAAACGCCAGUGUCCUCUUUUUGCUGAGAUGGGUCCUGUUUAUAUUUUUAAGGAACCCAUUGGGCCUGAUAUAAUGGCACGACUAGCUUCCCGAGGAGGAGAUGCUUUGCCAUCUUUUGGAAAAGGUGCAGGCUUACCAUGGUUAGCAGUAAAUGAGCACGCAAGAAGCCUAGCUGAAGAAAGCUCGGCUUUGGAUGCUGAUAUUGGAGGAAGCCUGCACCUUCUCUACCACCCUUGUUUGCUCAGCAGUCGCGUUUGUCCAGAUGCGUCACCAUCUGUUGCGGCAGGUAUACAGCAACGACAUGCCGAGGUCCUUGGGCAAAUUAAUGUUGCCACUAGAGUACAUCCAGCAGAAUCCUUAUGGGCCUUGGCUUAUGGUGGUCCGAUGGCUUUACUUCCGCUGAUAGUCAGCGAUGUGCAAAUGGACAGUCUGGAACCCAAGCUUGGUGAUCGUUCUUUAGCUCUUGGAAUUUAUUCCCUUUCUGCUCCAAUUUUCAGAAUCAUUUCCAUGGCUAUUCAGCAUCCUAGAAAUAAUGAGGAGUUGCGUCGGACAAAAGCACCUGAGCUUUUGUCAAGGAUUUUGCAAUACUUGUUAAAAACACGGUCUAAUCCUGAGCUUGGAAUGCCUGUUUGUUUAAGUGAUGAAGACCUUGUUGCUGCAGUUACAUCUUUAUGUCAAUAUCAGAAACCUAAUCAUCCAUUAAAAGUGCAGUUCUUUAGUACGUUGUUGUUAGAUCUGAAGGUGUGGGGAAUUUGCAAUUAUGGCUUACAGAAGAAGCUUUUGUCAUCACUUGCAGACAUGGUAUUUACAGAAUCAUCAGCUCUGAGGGAUGCUAAUGCUUUGCAAGUUCUUCUUGAUGGAUGUAGAAGAUGCUUUUGGGUUAUCCAUGAAAAUAAUUCUAUUGAUACAUUUUCACUUCAUGGGGGACCCCGGCCUGUUGGUGAAGUAAAUGCAUUGGUUGAUGAGCUCUUAGUUGUUAUUGAGCUUUUAAUGGGAGCGGCACCCACUACUAUGGCAAAUGAAGAUGUUUGUUGUUUGCUUGGUUUCUUGGUUGAUUGCCCGCAACCUAAUCAGGUUGCUAGAGUAUUACGCCUGAUCUACAGGUUGACAGUGCAGCCUAAUGGGACCCGUGCUGAAAUAUUUGCUCAUUCUUUUAUUUCUUGUGGGGGUGUAGAAAUACUUCUAGUUCUAUUGCAACGAGAAGCUAAAAGUGGAAAUCAUAAUGAUAUGGACAACUAUAGCUCGAAUGAUAUCAGUUACGUUUCAAAUGAAAACUCUGGGUUGGAAACUACGACCAGUAAAGCUAGGGCAGAAGUUAGGGAACUUGAACAUUUUGUGCAGAAGGAAAUGGUGUCUGGUGAAUCAAAUGCACAAUCCCAGUCAACCAUUAGCAAUGGCAGCAUAGUUGAUAACUCCGUGGCAACAAAUGGUGAAAAAAGGCCAUCUUCUUUUGAAUCUCAAUUCAUUAAAAGUGUAGGCGGCAUCAGGUUUUCAAUGAAUGCAGAAAGUUCUAGGAGUAAUGCAUUCAACAUUGACAAUGACGAUGGAAUUGUUGUAGGAAUAAUCAAUCUUUUGGGUGCCUUGAUCUCCUCUGGUCAUUUGAAAUUUAAUUCAAAUAUUUCUUCAUCAAGCUUGUCAAAUAAUUUCCAAAGUAAUGGAUUGUUUGAGGAAGGCAGCUCCAUGUUUGAUGAUAAAGUUUCCUUGCUACUAUUUGCUUUAGAAAAAGCUUUUCAAGCGGCUCCUCAGAGGUUGAUGACUACUAAUGUCCAUAUGGCUUUUCUGUCUGCAUCGGUCAAUACUUCAUCUGAUGAUGGACUCAACAUAUAUGAUUGUGGUCACCGUCUCAAGCAGGUUCAGCUUCUAGGGGUUCUACUCCGCGCACUUCCACGUGCAUCCAGGGCAUUUCAAAUUGAAACUAUACAGGAACUUCUGUUUUUGGUUUGCAGUCUUCCAGAAAACAGAAGCACUCUUAUUUCUAUGGCAGAAUGGCCCGAGUGGAUACUUGAAGUUCUUAUUUCUAAUUAUGAGAUGGUUUCCACUAAAGAAUUGAAUGAUGCAAGUGUUGGAGAGAUUGAAGACCUUAUUCACAACUUUCUGAUUAUCAUACUCGAACAUUCCAUGAGAAAAAAAGAUGGAUGGAAGGAUGUAGAGGCAACAAUUCAUUGUGCAGAAUGGCUCUCUAUGAUUGGAGGAUCCAGCAGGGGUGAGUUGCGCCUAAGGCGUGAAGAGGCAUUGCCUAUAUUCCGAAGACGGCUCUUGGGUGGCUUGCUAGAUUUUGCUGCUUGGGAGCUUGCAGCUCAGACUCAAAUUGUUGCAGCAGCAGCUGCUGGUGUUGCGAAAGCUUCACCACAAGAAGCCAAAGUUGAAGCAGAACAUGCCGCACAACUUACUGUGGCUUUGGCUGAGAAUGCAAUCGUUAUUUUAAUGCUUGUUGAAGAUCAUUUGCGGUUACAAGGACAGUGGUACUGUUCUUCACACGCAGCUGAUUGUGUUCAAUCUUCGGUCGGAAUCUCUUCUGCAAAACUCGUCAACUCCAACUCUAUAGGAAGCACAAGCCAUGAAUCAUUCAACACUGUUGGUUCUAGUAGGGCAUCAAUAUCUAGUCAGGCAGGGGGUGUUUCUUUUGAUGUCCUUGCUUUAGAGGCAGAUGAAAAUGGACAAGUUCCUGCUGCUGUAAUGGAGCGCUUUGCUGCAGCAGCUGCAGCUGAGCCUUUUGACUCUGUUCGGUGUGCUUUUGUGUCUUAUGGAAGCUGUGUUUUAGAUCUAGCUGCGAGUUGGAAACAAAGAAGCAGAAUGUGGUAUGGUGUUGGUCUUCCAUCUAAUACAACAUUUGGAGCUGGGGCAAGUGGAUGGGAAUCAUGGAAAUCUGUUCUUGAGAAGGACUCAAAUGGAAAGUGGAUAGAACUUCCACUAGUGAAAAAGUCUAUGAUCAUGCUGCAGGCGCUUCUAUUAGAUGAAAGUGGAAUUGGUAGUGGGCAUAGUAUUGGUGGUGGUUCUGGCACAGGUAUGGGUGGACUGACAGCUCUCUACAACCUACUGGACAGUGAUCAACCUUUUUUUUGCAUGCUUCGGAUGAUACUUCUUUCAAUGAGGGAAGAAGAUCAUGGAGAGGGUGACAUAUUUGUGAGAACCACAAACAUAAAUGAUGCCAUAUCAGAAGGAUUAGGUCAUCAAGCCGGGUAUGCAAAAUCCUUAGAUCAAAGUCAUCGGUUGUCAAUGAGAAAGCCACGGUCAGAUCUACUUUGGAGUGUGCUUGGGCCACUUCUUAACAUGCCAGUGUCUGAAUCCAAGAGACAACGCGUGUUGGUUGCAUGCUGUGUUUUGUAUUCUGAGGUAUGGCAUGCUAUUGACAGGGACAGGAAACCUGUUCGAAAACAGUAUUUAGAAGCAAUUUUACCUCCUUUUGUUGCUGUUCUAAGGAGGUGGCGACCCAUUUUGGCUGGUAUUCAUGAACUUACUUCAUCAGAAGUUGAAAAUCCUCUCACUGCUGAUAAUCAUGCCUUGUCUGCUGAUGCAUUGCCUCUUGAGGCCGCAUUUGCAAUGAUAUCCCCUGGCUGGUCUGCUGCUUUUGCAUCUCCUCCAGCCGCCAUGGCUUUGGCAAUGAUUGCUGCUGGUGCUUCUGGUGGUGAAACAGCUCCAACUUCCAGAAAUACAUCAUAUAGGCGUGAUACAUCCAUGCUUGAACGCAAGUCAGCUAGACUGCAUGCAUUUUCAAGUUUCCAGAAGCCUCUUGAGACAUCCAAAAAGUUUUCACCUAUGCCAAAGGAUAAAGCGGCAGCUAAAGCUGCUGCUUUGGCAGCUGCAAGGGACCUCGAACGCAAUGCGAAGAUUGGUUCUGGGAGAGGGCUUAGUGCUGUUGCAAUGGCCACGUCAGCGCAGAGGAGGAGUGCAAGUGAUCUUGAGCGUUCUAAGAGGUGGAAUAUUGCGGAAGCCAUGGGUGCUGCUUGGACAGAGUGCCUCCAACCUUUUGAUUCAAGAUCUAUUUCAGAUCGGGAUUUUUCUGCUCUUUGCUAUAAGUAUGUGGCAGUUCUUGUGACGAGUUUUGCUUCAGCAAGAAACAUGCAGCGUGUGGAGAUGGAGAGACUUGUACAGGUUGAUAUGUUAGACAGACAUCGUGUACGCACUGGUGCUCAAGCAUGGAGAAAACUUGUGUGCUGUCUACUCGAAAUGAAUCAGCUUUUUGGACAAUUUGGAGAUCAAUUGGGCAAUGCCAAAUUAGCAUUUCGGAUGUUAGACACAUCAGAAAAUUCUUGCAGGAUGAGAAGAUUUCUGAAAAGAUGCUACAAAAAAUCUUCUUAUUUGCGUAGAGCUUCUCUUUUUGAAGAUAAUAUACAACAUAAAUCUAUGGAAGACUCGUAUGAUCAGGGGGAUUCAAUAAAUAAUGAUCUUCCUUGUAUUUCCACCAUUAUGAAACCGGAAGCUAUGUCAAUGGAAGAAGAAAAUGAGGAUGAAGAUCAGCCUGAAUCUGUUAGUGUGGAUGAUAAUGUAGGCAAUCAACCUGUGCUAUCAACUGAUGACCAGUCAUUGCAUGGAGCACUACUUUCUAGAAACGCUUGGGCCUCUGUUGAUGAAAUUUCAGUUCAACCAGCAUCCGUACUUGCUCCUGGAUAUGUUCCCGGUGAAGCUGAUGAAAGAAUCAUUCUUGAACUGCCCUCACUGAUGGUGCGGCCAUUGAAGGUUGUAUGUGGAACAUUUCAAAUCACAACUAAGAGAAUAAAUUUCAUUGUUGAUGUGCAUACUACUGAUGAAUCCAUAGCUGAAAGCUUGGUUGCUUCACCCCAAGACAAGGAACAAGGCAAGGAUAGAAGCUGGUCCAUCUCUUCCCUUCGUCAAAUUUUUUGCCGAAGAUAUUUUUUGAGAAGAAGUGCUUUAGAAUUUUUUAUGGCUGAUCGGUCGAAUUACUUCUUUGACUUUGGGAGUAUUGAAGGAUGCAAGGUUGCUUUUCGUGGUAUAAUUCAGGCACACCCUCCUCAUGUGCAUGAUAUAUUCUUCACAGCAACGGGACCUGAUGCAAUUCUUAGAAAAACUCAGCUUAUGGAGCGUUGGGCAAGGUGGGAGAUUAGCAACUUCGAAUAUCUAAUGGAACUCAACACCCUAGCUGGCCGUAGUUACAAUGAUAUCACACAGUAUCCUAUUUUUCCAUGGAUCUUGGCAGAUUAUUAUUCUAAAACAUUAAAUCUUGAAGAUCCUUCUUCUUAUAGAGAUCUUUCGAAGCCAAUUGGUGCUUUAAAUCCUGACAGGCUAAAGAAGUUCCAAGAGAGAUACUCGACCUUUGAUGAUCCCAUCAUCCCCAAGUUCCACUAUGGCUCACAUUAUUCUAGUGCCCGAACGGUCAUGUAUUUCUUAUUCAGAGUCGAACCAUUUACCACUCUUUCUACCAAAUUAGGAGGUGGAUCUGGCCGUGCUGAUCAAAUGUUUUCUGAUAUUGGUCAUUCAUGGAAUAAUGUCCUGGAGGACAUGAGUGAUGUGAAAGAAUUGGUGCCAGAGUUGUUUUACCUCCCUGAGAUUCUAAGUAACGAAAACAAUAUUGAUAUUGGCAUAAACCAGUCAGGGAGAAGGCAAGAUUCUGUUAAACUACCACCAUGGGCUGACAAUCCGGUUGAUUUCAUUUAUUUGCAUCACCGUGCUUUAGAGAGUGAACACGUUUCUUCGCAUCUACAUGAAUGGAUUGACCUCAUAUUUGGGUACAAGCAAUGUGGUGAGGAAGCUGUAUCAGCAAAUAAUGUCUUUUUCUAUACUUCCUAUGAAGGGAGAAUUGACGUCGAUAAAAUAAUGGACCCGGUGCAUCGCCUUGAUGCGCGAAAGCAGAUUGCAUACUUUGGACAAAUUCCAUCACAAUUGUUGGCUGUCCCGCAUUUAAAGAGGAAACCAUUAACAGAAAUCCUAAAGUUGCAGGUUAUAUUUCGAAAUCCAAAUGAAAUUCAACCAUACGCAAUUCCACAUCCUGAACGAUGCAAUGUUCCUGCUGCUUCUAUUUAUGCCUCAGAUGAUUCUGUUGUAAUUGUCGAUUUACUUGCACCUGCAGCAAACGUUGUGCAGCACAAAUGGCGACCAAAUACUCCUGAUGUCCAUGGUAAUCCUUUCCUGUUUUAUCAUGGGAAAGCUGCUCCAACUUCCGCCGGUGGAGCCCUUGUCCGCAUGUUUAAAGGGCCAGCAGGAUUGGUGUCUGAUGAUUGGCAUUUUCCUCGUGCUCUUGCAUUUGCUGCAUCAGGAAUACGAAGUUCUGCCGUUGUUGCUAUAACACAUGAUAAUGAAAUUAUCACCGGAGGACAUGCUGAUAAUUCUAUCAAGCUGAUAUCAGCAGAUCAAGCGAAGACCAUCGAAACUGCAUCAGGCCAUUGUGCACCUGUAACUUGCCUUGCACUCUCUCCAGAUUCUAAUUAUCUAGUAACAGGGUCCCGAGACACAACUGUGAUUUUUUGGAGAGUACAUCGGCUGUUCCUUUCAAACCUACAAAAUGCUUCAGCACCCUCUUCUUCUUCUCCAAACACCCUAACUACUCCUGUAACAGUUAGUAACAAUAGCAGCGCUCCGCAAACCCGCCAAAAACGCCGCAUUGAAGGGCCUAUCCAUGUCUUGAGAGGACAUCGCGGCGAGGUCCUCUGCUGCGCCGUUAAUUCCGACAUCGGCAUCAUUGCUUCAAGCUCAAGCUCCUCUGGUGUGCUUCUACAUUCCUUAAGGAAGGGCCGGUUGUUGCGAAAGUUAGAUAUUCUUGAGGCCCAUGCUAUCAAUCUUUCAUCUCAAGGAGUUAUACUUACUUGGAAUGAGCAUGAAAAGAUGUUCUGCACUUUUACUGUCAAUGGAAUAUCAAUUGCCACUACAACCUUCUCGCCCUUUUCAGGCCGAAUCAGUUGUAUUCAGAUUUCAAUUGAUGGGGAAAAUGCCUUGAUUGGUACCUCUUCUUGUAAAGAUGGCAAGGCAAAUGCCGAGGCUUUCUUGUCAGAAUCUGAAGCAUCAAAUGUAGUAAAUUUCAAGUCGACUUCAAAUCGGCAAAGUAUUCCAAUUCCAUCCAUUUGCUUUCUCAAUUUGCAUUCUUUGAAGGUAUUCCAUACUUUGGCACUAAGUGAAGGCCAAGAUAUCACUGCCUUUGCACUCAAUGAGGAUAAUACGCAUCUUCUGGCUUCCACAGCAGAUAAGCAAUUAAUAGUAUUCACUAAUCCUACUAUGUAAGUUCCAGUGAUAGCCUGUAAAUCUUAAUUCUAUAUUUCUCAUUAAACUUAUUGAUUUUGUAUACAAAACAAAGCUCCCAUGCUGUGCCUGUUGUGUAGGCAUUAUAGUUUAGUUAUAUAUCUUCAAGUUGAAAUGUAUGAUGGUGUAGAAAUACAAUUGAUUGGCUCUCUUUUAUGGGUUUUAAAUGAGUUCAACUGCUACAUUUUUUUUUUC